UCACUUUUGAAUUUAGUUUAGAUUAAGUAGUUUAUUUAAAUGUAAGAAGUUUUGAAAAUUAUUAAUUUUUUACUUUAUUUUGUAAAUAAUUUAUGAUUUUCUUUUUGUUUGUUCACUAAAUUCUCUGUAAAUUUCUAAUCAUGAGGGAAAUCGUUCAUAUUCAGGUCGGUCGAUGUGGAAACCAGAUUGGAGCAAAGUUCUGGGAAGUGAUAUCCGACGAACACGGUAUAGAUCCCAACGGCUGUUACUCUGGAGAUUCCGAUCUCCAACUUGAGCGGGUUAAUGUUUAUUACAACGAAGGAGCCGGCGGGAAGUACGUCCCGCGCGCCGUGCUAGUCGACCUCGAACCUGGGACCAUGGACUCCCUCCGAGCUGGACCUUACGGACAAAUUUACAGACCUGACAACAUCGUCUACGGCAUGACUGGUGCAGGCAACAAUUGGGCUAAAGGACACUACACCGAAGGGGCAGAUUUGCUUGAACCUAUUUUAGAUGUCGUCAGAAAAGAGGCAGAGGGCGUCGAUUGUUUGCAAGGUUUCCAAGUCGUCCAUUCAAUCGGUGGCGGCACUGGAUCUGGUUUGGGCACUUUACUUCUCUCAAGCCUUCGAGAUGAAUAUGCUGAUAGAAUAAUCUUAACCUUUUCAAUAGUGCCAAGUCCCAAAGUGUCAGAUACGGUUGUGGAACCAUACAACGCAACGUUGUCUGUAAACCAGUUGAUAGAAAACUCGGAUGAAUGUUUUUGCAUCGACAACGAAGCGCUGUACGAUAUCUGCUUCCGAACAUUAAGGCUACAGACGCCUACGUAUGGGGAUUUGAACCAUUUGGUGUCAGCCACUAUGUCAGGAGUGACGACGUGUUUACGAUUCCCCGGACAGUUAAACGCAGAUUUACGUAAGCUUGCAGUCAACAUGGUUCCGUUUCCACGGCUGCAUUUCUUUAUGCCUGGAUUUGCGCCGUUAACCGCUCGUGGCAGUCAAAAAUACCGCGCGCUGACUGUACCAGAGUUGACUCUGCAGAUGUUUGAUUCUAAGAACAUGAUGGCAGCGUGUGAUCCACGUCGCGGUCGCUAUUUGACUGUCGCCGCAGUUUUCCGCGGCCGUAUGUCCAUGAAAGAAGUCGACGAACAGAUGCUGAACAUCCAGACGAAGAAUAAGGACUUUUUCGUGAAAUGGAUACCCAAUAACGUGAAAACUGCAGUAUGUGACAUACCCCCGAGAGGGAUGAAGAUGUCUGCGACAUUUAUUGGUAACACUACAGCGAUUCAGGAACUUUUUAAGCGGGUCUCUGAACAAUUUACGUCAAUGUUCAGAAGGAAGGCUUUCGUUCAUUGGUAUACGGGCGAGGGAAUGGAUGAGAAUGAUUUUACGGAGGCAGAUAAUAAUCUGAAUGAUUUAAUUUCGGAGUACCAACAGUAUCAGGACGCGGUGGUCGAUGAGCAGGAGUUCGAGGGCGAAGAAGAUGAAUCUGCGCCUAAUGAUGACGAAACCGAUGAAUGA